AUUAUAUUAACAAAAUAUGGCGGCUGUCGCUGCAACAGCCGAUAUGACGAUUCAAAAGAAUUCACAAAUAUUAGUGCAUGUCGAGGAAGCGUUGGCUGAUUUAAUAGUGGUUUCUUACAGUUCAGAAAAUAAGAAAUUUCAAGGUGUACUUUUGGACUCUAACAAAGGUAAUUUGCCUUUUGGAGUAUACAGUCUCAACCCAGCGUUUUCCAAAUCAACUUCAUCCACCGAUAAUACCGAUGAUAAGCUACAUUCCGCUAGUCAAAGAUUCACAUACCAAGAGCCCCAGUAUGCGACCGAAAACCCGCACAAGCCUAAAAAGAAUGGGCCCAAGGCUAAACCGCGGCAGAAGCAAAAGAUGACGGUGCGAUUGAGACCGCGGAAGGUCUUGUGCUCCAAUUGCAAAGGCAUCUGUAAUGAGAACAGCGAAAACGUGGACGUGUCGAAAAAACGGAAGCUCGACUCCGAUGACGACACAGUCCACGAUAACAUCGAGCCAUCAAAUUCCAGGAAAAAGUAUCUCGAAGGCAACUCUCUCAUACCAAGAAUAUCGCGUCUGCAACCGAGUGAGAUAUCUAACGCCAUAAAAGGGUCCUCUAAAAACUCUAAUAAGAGUAGUGAAAAGUCAAGUGUCAAGGUUGAAAGUUCACUUUACAGCCCCACAAAAGAAAUGGCAUUUGUUAGCGUACCCAGUGACAGUGAGAAAGAUCCUAAGGAAAAUGAUCCUUCAUUCACAUCCAUGUUCCAGAGUGCAAGAACAUUAAAAAUAUGUUUCGGUGAAGGUGAAGGCACUGUAGUCAAAAUACCGCCCAUCACAGGAGACUACAAUGAAGACUCUGGUGUGUCAUGUGACAUGGCUAAACCUUCCAAACCAGAUUUAAAAGCUGCUAAAAAAGCAUUGAAAAAAGCUAAAAAACAAGCCAAGAAAAACACCAUUACAAUCAAGACAGUAGUACGGAGAUCACCUAAACAUAUUGGAGCUCUGUCUCCCCGUAACAAUGUUUCCAAUAGCCCUCAUCCUGCUGUGGAUCCCCUAGAAAAGAAACAAAAACACAAGGCAAAACAUAAAAAGAAACACAAGUUCCAAAAGACCAGGGAUGAAAAUAUUACUGAAAGUGAGUCCAUUAAUUACUUUAGUGAUAUUAAAGAGCACUGCCUAAAACAAAAGCUGUCUAUAAGUCUGAGGAGGUUGAGUAGUAAUUCUUACGAGAGACGGAACGAGCAGGAUGUUGCAGAGAGUGGUUCGGACGAUUGGGAAAGUGAUUUGGUACCAAAUUUCCCGGCUACAGAGAUGGAAGGUGCUGGGGCGAGAUUGGUGGGUGUAGCACCUGGUGAUAUAGUCUGGGGUAAAGUUGUAGGGUUUCCAUGGUGGCCCGGGAGAGUGCUAAGCGUAACACCGACAGCUAGAGCCCAUGUUGCAUGGUUUGCUUCAACCACAUCAUCACUAAUGCCAUGUGACAGUUUGAGUCCAUUUUUAGAGGAUUUUAAGAUGCGUUUCAACAAAAAAAAGAGAGGAGCUUACAAAGAGGCUGUAAAAAUGGCUACGAUAGAAGCAAAGAUGAAUGAAUCUCUAACGCAGGACCCUCUAGCAAGCCCCACGCAGUCCAACCUAGUAAACCAAUCACCGAGGCCUAUAGAUGUUUUUUCGUAAAGUUGUGAUGAUAUGGUGUACUGCUAAAAUUCAAUGUAUGUGAUAUUUUUAUUGUACUGCACAAAAUUUGUAAGUUGUAAGUUUGACUGCGGAAAUGUAAAUACUGUUCUGGUCUUUUAAAACUAUCAAGCCUAUUUCACCAACUUGACAAAUGGCUCCCUGUACAUUUCUGGGUCAGUAAGUAACUUAUAUAGCAUUGUUUACUUGUUGAACCAGCUUGUUGUUUAUGGUGAAUUGUCAAUGUCAGUGUGAUGAAACAGGGGCCAGGUUUUUCUUUGAUGUAACGUUUCGAAAGCUGUUUAUGUUUCAAUUUUAAAAAAACGUACUGUUACGAAGAUUAAGUUAAAAACUUCCUAAGAUUACUUAGAAUUUUACUUAGGGAUAUUUUACCGUUUGAACGCCGCGCCCAUCAUGAGCGGAGCGCCAUCUUGAACCUUGUCGAAAUGCACGAAGGUUGAUAAUGGGUUGUAGCCGCGCGCGUCAUUUGACGUCGUUAGCGCUCAAAGGGUUAAGCUGUUUCAAUGGCAUUGCUAUUACAUUAUCAUGCAAUAAUGUGCUUUUUAAUGGAAUGACGAAAAUUACUUUUCGUCCAUUGCAUUAGUCGUCAUAGUAAUAUUGUUUGUAAUAGUUACCUAUUUAUGUGUUUUGCUAUUAUUUUGACAGCAAAUGUGAUUGACAAUUUGAUCAUUAGCCAACUUUGAAGGUUGUCAGAAUACGAUUUUUUUUAUUUAAUGCUACAUUUGCAAUAUCAUUCAGUUAAGUAACAAUUGAUUUUAUGUUUAAAUGAAUAAUUCAACAGGAUAAACCGUAACCGAAUACCCAAAUUUUUAUUUAGUGGAUUAUUUAAAUUAUUAUGUAAUGCUAAAGGUUCAAUCACGAAGAGAAAUCAUGAUUUAUGUAACAAUAAUUAGUAAAAAAAAAUUUAUAUAUUUUUUUCCAUUCAAUUCAAUCAGCACUAACAGCUAAACCUUACGUGCUAAUUGGCUUACGUGCUUACGUAAUAAUAAUCAUUUUUAAUUAAUGUGUACAAAAAUCUAUAUGUAUUUGCAACUGCUGGGCAACAAUUGAAUUGCAAGGAUGAAACCUAAAGCCAGGGACACACUAGGGGACAAAUGUUUCGCGUCAUGUGUCGGCGAAAAGUCCAGCGAAUAUACUAUAAUUAGUGAUGUACCGACUAGUGAUUUGGCCGACUAAUCGGCGCUCAGGUGGCCGAUUAGUCGGCCGACUAGUCGGCUAGUCGGCCGAAUCCGUAAUCAUUACUUUCUCUAUAAAGUUUACAUAGGGAUUUUCACUGCAAUAACUUUGUCUUAUUAUGUAACACUAAACUCUCGCGUUUUGUACACAUAUUUAAUGAUAUUAACGGGUCUACCGCGAUAAAAAUUCACUAUUUUCUAGCUGGUCCAACAGCAAAAACCAUUUGUGUCGCGAUAUUUAUCAAAUUACUAAUUGAAAGAUGUUUCAUGCCGAUGUAAAGACUUAACGACUGGUCGUGUGGAAUAACAAUUCAACUAUUUAUUACCAUCCCCAGUGACCAUAGGCUGUAGAAGCAUUGUGCUCCGCCAUUACUCAUAACAGUAAUAAUUCCUCUGUGGCUUGAGUGAUAUAUAAUUUCCUUAUGAGUCCCGCGUUUUGUAAGGUUGGUAGGUCCUACCUAGCAGCUUAAUUAAAGACACCUCAAAUAUUAGAAAUAAAAUUACCUAAAAUUCAUAUUACCUACUUUCGACAUUGCGAUAAUAAUAAUUGUGUAUGUACAAAACAUUUCGUACGCAACCCAAAUAGAUAUUUAUCAUUUGAUAUUCGCUGUUUAUGUCCUGUUUUUUCUGUAAUUAAGAAUAGGCCGACUAAUCGCCGACUACAAAUGUGGCCGAUUAGUCGGCUUUCCCGACUAGUCGGUACAUCCCUAACUAUAAUAUAUUCGCGCGAAUUAUGUCGAUAGCGACGUCAGACGAAGUCGUGCGACUUCGCGAAACUUCGUCUGACACACUGGCGACAUGUGUCGCGUCCAGCAACGACGUCACGCCACUUCACCCGACGUCGCUGGCGAUGGCGACACUUGUUGCGGGACAUUGGUCGCCUAGUGUAUCCCUGGCUUAGGUACUGUGGGAGUUUGGGUUACUAAACAUUUACACAUCUCUUGGUUAUAUCUUCAUUUUUUGAAGAUACUUAUAUUGUUUAUCAUUGAUUUAUGUUACAAAUAGUUAAAAAGCCAAGAGAUCUCACAAGUUAAAAACAAUCUUAAUUGUUAUUUAAUUAUUAGUCAACAAAUUUUUAUUAGUGCUUCAUAGUUAUCUAUUGUUUUACAUUUACGAUGCCUACUGGAACUUUAUUACUUGUUUAUUCCAUAAUUUCUUUAUUUUGUAGCAUUAUCUUUGUUUUAGUUAGGUUUUUAAGGGUUAUUCUCAGUAGUUACCACCAAAGAGAUUGCUGUUUGUGGUAACUAUACUAGUUUUUUUUUUCAGAUGUUACUAUUGGGGACAGGUGAGAGAAAAAUUCUCAGUUGUUACCACUGGUGGUGGUAACUAGUUGGGAAUAACCCGUUUUUAAGUAGUGAUGUCUUGCCGCAAAGGCUAUAAUUUUAGGCAAUUGUAAUUUCGUGUAAUUCAGUCCAUGUAAUUAGUUACUAGGUAAACAUUGUUUAUCUAAUAUGAAAAUCCGUGUUUACUAAACUCUGAAUUACUUGCGUGUUUUUAACCUUUUGACCAAUUAUAUAAUUUCCAUUAUUUUAAGUUAGUCUGUUAUCAGUUAUAAUUAAACGUUUACUACCUAGAAUUUUAAGUAAGAAGGCAGAUGGUUUAUCUAAUAAGUGUGACAAUCAUACGAGUAGGUUAAAAGGUUAAAUUUAUGCCAUUUAUCACAUGAUUCCAAUUUACAAGGGUGUGUGCAUUUAUGUACGAAAUAAAGGCACUGUGAUUCGUCUUUUAAAUAAAAUUAAAUAAACAUGUAACUAUUUUACUAAACAACAACAUAGUAUGUUUGUUUAAACGUUAAUGUAAGCAAAUUCUUACUUGUAUGAGAAGUUCUGCCAAAGAAUGAUGAAACAUCACGGAUGUCUUUUUAAGUAAGUGGAGUCACUCCACUGGAGUGCUUUUUGUGCAAACAAAACUGUAAAAAGUGUUUGUAUCUUAACAAUAUAGGUGUGCAGUUUCUACACUAGACUACUUCAGAAAAAAAUCACUGUUUUUCUUUUGUUACUUAAGGAGAUUAUUUUUAAACUAUCGUGAGACAUAUUUCAAAAUAUUUUAAUCACUACGGUUUCAUUCACGGAGCACGGAAGUGCACGGAGUAGAGCCGCCGCGGACACUCGUGCCUGAGGAAGGACUUCCGAAGAGUAUGAAACAUGUCGCCAAAAGCGACUAAAAAUAAUAGUGAGUGAAACCGUAGUGAUCUAAAUAUUUUGACAUUAUUUUUCGUUAGACAAAAAAUAACGUUUGUUCAGUCAUGCGAGGAAAUAUAAAGUAUGAGGCCUAUUGAGAAAUACAGGUAGAGGAUAAAGGUUUAGGCACUUUAACCAAGGCAUUAUUGACUGGUAAAAAGAGUCUGUGGGGACUAGUGCCUCUAUUUUCUAUAUAGGCGCAUUUACCACUAUUUCGGAUUUUCACAUCUAGUGUAGAUGCUGCUUUAGCGAAUUAAUAUGUAUCAAUAUUACAGGAAUUUAUAAGGUAAAAGCUGGGUUUUCCGUUGAAUUUCACAAUGUGUUCAUAUAGAAGGAACUUAAUGUAAAAUGUAGAUAGUUUUCUAUGGUUGAUGCAUUUGUUGUGUAGGUAAUAUAGGUAUCACUGUAAAGUAUUGUACAGUCAGUAGCAGAUAUAAUGUGGUUCCUAAUGUCCCGGACAAAUAGUUUCCUGAGAAACGAAACGCUAUUCUCUCUUCACUCUUCUAUAUUAGUCAAGCUCCUGACACUCUUUGAUAGAGAAAUAUAGUCUUAUUGCGAUUCCUAUAAGAGGAAAGAGAAAAUAGUGUCAUGCUGUGUCCUUAUCACCGACCGGGUGGCAUCAUAGGUAGGAGGCGAUGGCGAAAUACCGAAAUUUAUAAGUUAUUUUUAAAUUUAUUUAUUUUUUUAUAAAAAAAUCCUAUGCUGCCCAAAUUUUAUAUGAAUAUUCUUUCUCUUACCCCCGGUCGCUAGGUGGCGCGUCUAUAACUACUUGUAUAUACUAUGUCUAUGAUGGUAGUGUGAUACAGAUGGCGUUUCGUUUUGUUUCUCUGCGAACGAUUGUCAUAUUGGCUAGGCCCCCAGGAAUAUCUAUAGAUAUACUUUUCAUCAUUAAAAUUUAAACCUAUCAAUCGAAAAAACGUCUAGUGCUGAACGUAGUCCAUCUCCACAUCGACUUUAUCCCUCGGUCGACAUUCAAGAAACUCUAUAUUUGCUUUUGACUGUAAAUACCUAUAUUUCUUUAACCAUAGAGAAAUGUGUAAAGAAAGAGUGAUAACUCCAUACAUCAGUUUUCUUACCAAAACGCGCCUUAUUUCGUAAUCGACAUCUAGCAUCAGGUAGCGGAACUCUCAGUGAUGCUACUCGUCAAUAAAUUAGCGGCAAACAAAAAGUCUGAUGUGCAGAGUAACCGUAACUCUUUUUUCAACUCCUACGGUUACUCUGGUUAUAAUAUUAGCUGAAAAUCGUACUUUUUGUUUGACGCUACAUCUAAUCUCGAGAAGAAGUACUGAAGAGUUCCGCUACCUGACGCUAGAUGUCGACUACGAAAUAAGGCGCGAAAACUGAUGUAUGAAGUUACCACUCUUUCUUUACUUAUUUUUCUAUAUGCUUUAAAUCUACAAAGCAAACUAAAAAUGUGAAUUUUCUAAUAUUAUCUUUAUAUGUAAGUAGUCUUGUAUGUUGAUUGGCAUCUUAUUUGUAAGUAAAACUAUGUACCUAUUGCAAUCGGACUAGAGAAACGAGAAACCUGAAGGAAUUCAAUAAAAUAAGCCAUAUACGCUUACCACUUCAAUCUAUAUUUUAAACGAAUAUUCGAGAUAUAUUUUAUAAAUAACUACGUCGGUGUUCAUUCACUAGAAUAUUCAAGAUAUUCCAAAAUAAUUGA